CGCGAGGGACAUGCUUGAAGGCAGGAGCGGGGAAGCCGCUUACGGACUCGCAAAUGGCAACAAAGGCAAUGUCGUGCGUCUGGUGGAGGUUUGGCUUACGUUGGAGGGUUGUCGUGGAAUGCGCAGUUGGUGAACUGGACAGUGCGAUGAGGGCGGUAGUUCGCGGAUGCCUGCUUGCUGAAGACGCGAUGUGCGGUAUGAGAGGUUGCAGUAGUGGCAAGGAAGGCAGACAGGCACGUGGUACUAAACGAACAGUUGGCCAGAAGAUUAGGUACCUGAGGGCAUGCAAUCGAGGUGGGGUUAUUAGUCGAUCGAUGCCUGCACUGCACGGUCUGGCCUUGGUGCGUGACAUCAUCUCUGGUGCUGAAGGGCAUACAUGUAUCAUAUGUGUUGACAUAUCGAUGCAUGCAACACCUCAUCAGGAUGUUGGUGGGAGAAUGGAUGCUUCUCAGCGGGCUCGACAUCACGAUCACGUGCCAGCGUAG